AUGGCCCCCGCCCUCAUCAUCUUCCUCGUCAUCCUAGGCGCUGGAGGGCUGGUCGUCUGCGCUUUCGCAAUGAUGCGUUUCUGGGGUGGCGAUGACGCACAAGAUACCAGCUAUUUGAAUCGGUCCGUGGAACAAGAUCGGUACAUGAAGGAGGUGCGAGACAGAACAUGGGGCAAGCUGCCACGUUACUACGUCCAGGGACAGCAAUCGAGUCGAAGCCAACUUGCGACUGGGGGACAGAGCGUGAGCGCAAGUAACACGACGUACGGUUGA